CUAUAAAUAGAAAUAGGAAAAUCCCAAACGCGUCAAAACGAAACUAGAAAACUAUGGGUUUAAGAUGCGUCGUUUGGUGCCAAGUAAGCUUUGGAAUAAUUAUUCCCUGGCUUUUGCAUACAUUCGCGGUUUUUAGUCCGUUUUGGCUAAUAGAAGAUGGUGUAAUGAAGGGUCUUUUCUACCAGAGACUUGCUAACGGGUCGCCGUAUUUGGAGGUUUUGGAUCAAGCAACCCUGGGUUUACAGACCACCUCAUUUAUCUUGCUACUUUUCUGCCUCAUCUCGUGUUGUAUAACUGCCAGUGUUUACGGACCCGACGAGGACGGUGAUAUUGAAAAUGAAUUCAGGUCAUGCUUUGGCUGUAAUUGUUUAUGGUUUUAUUGCAACAUAGGGGUUUAUGUGAUAACAAGUAUACUUAUGAUGUCUGGUUGUUGGAGAUUAGGGUCGUUGUUUCCUAUGGAGCAUAUUGGUCCGUCUUUCUAUCUGUGUUUAUCAUCAUUUCUUCUCAUCUGGUUAAGUGUGUUUAUAUUUAUUUGUGAUCACGUGUGUAAAAGGCGUCAUGCAGAUUCCGUGUAUCACACACUUAUAGAGAAAAUUUACGAUGGGGCUUUGGACUAAAUACUAACUAGCUGUAUUAUAAACUGAGCACAGGUUUAUGCCUUCAGGGAUCACACUUGACCUACCACAGCUGACUGUGAUAGCACGCGAUGCUCUAAAUCCGGAGACUCUGUGAUUUUAUUAGAAACUUGUGUAGUUUACAUAUACGUUUUGAGUGAUUUUAGUAUACCUAAACACUUACAUUCAUCUAAGCUGUAUAAACAUGUACCUCAUUCACCUCAAUAUAUUCCUUAAACGAGCAGAAUACUAUUUUUAUAUGAUAAAGCACAUUGUUUUGGCUACAAAGAUAGAUAGUGCAUUUUCAAACGUAUAAAUGUCAUCUGUACAUAUUUAUAUUUGUUGGAUUUUAAUUCACUCUGACAUUUCCAGCUUUAUUGGGCGGAAAUCUCCAGAUGCCCGCCCCUUCGAGCAUUAUUUCGGGCACGAGCAGGCACCAAAGAAGAACCACCGACCGUAAGCCAGCUAGAUAUCUUUAUCACAUGAAAGAAUCUUAAUUCCCUGGCGGGAUUCGGGUCCAUGCGGGAGGGCAAGUGAUUUGAGGCCGAAUAACUUUUUUUUCUGAAAUCUAGCAAAUAGCCACGUUUCGUUAUUCAUUUUAAUGCAUGUACCUGUACCUGUAAUGUAUUCACAAAUGCGACACGUGGACCGCCCCACAACGAGGUAAUGUUGCUUGUCCAAGCCUCGUGCUUUAUUUAAUACAAGUUUAAUAUUGUUCAAUCCUUUGUAAAGUCCAGACAAAGUUAACAUGAUGAAAAUAUGAAUUUUUCUGCAUCAUUGAGUGCAUGCAUGCUAGUAAAACUAUGAAACAUAACCACAAAGAGAAAAGAAAUUGUAGGAAAUUUAGUUUAUUUACCAUUAUUUGUUAAAAAUGCAUCCGUAAUCACGAUGUACUCAUGUAUUGCUGAAAACGUACUUUGAAAACUUCAUUUUCAUGAUAUUAUUUUUGUUAUAAAACCUAGUUCUUUAUUUGAAAAAGUCACGUUUGAUUAAUAUUUCAGAUAAUGCAGACGUCACGUGAUGUCCCACGUGAUCAUAAUUUGCAAGAAAUACCCUUACAUCUAUUUUUAUCGACAUGUCUGUAUCCCAUUGGUCAAAUUAAUCACGAAUCCGGAAGAAAUAAAAAUUCAGCAAUUUACUUACAUGUUUAAGCGGAUUAAAAAUUGUUACAAAUGAGCCACGUCAUGACAAAACCAACAUAAUGAAUUUGCGACCAGCAUGGAUCAAGAUCAGCCUGCGCAUCCGCGCAGUCUGAUCAGGAUCCAUGCUGUUCGCUACAAUUUCUCUACUUGUAAUAGGAUUGGUAAGCGAACAGCAUGGAUCCUGAUCAGACUGCGCGGAUGCAAACGGUCGCAAACGCACUAUAAUGGUUUUGUCGUGACGCGGCUCAUAUGUUCCGUCAUGUAUAAUUAAUUAACGUCACGGACGCAUGUCCGAAUCUGGUUACUCUUUGCGGAUUUUAGUGACCCUGGAAAUGUAACCUUUUUUAUAUGUAUAUGAAACAGUCAUGUAAAAAAUAUUUUAAGUGAUUAUCUAAUUAGUUAUGGUGAUAUUUUACGGGGUUAUUUUUCUUUUCUUUUUUUUUCAUGUUUAAUUAUAGCUCACCAACAAAAAGUACACGGCGUUUGUAUUAGUAAUUUCAGGGAUGAACAACAUGUAAUUGUAUGUAUGCCUGUUGUUGUUGUUUGUUUGUUUGUUUUGUAGUUUUAACUACAUGUACUCAAAACAUGUGCCUAUUUUUUAUAUAUGCAACCAGUUCACUUUUGUGGUUUAUUAGGCAUAUUAUGAUACCACUGUUUUAAUUUCAAAUAGAAAUACAUUUGUAAUUGUACUGUACAAUAUUGUUACAUAUUUUUGAUAGUUAUAUUUCUGUAAACAAUUUUGUGAAUUCAAGAUUUCUGAUAUAUGUAGUACAUAUAUAUUUUCACAAAAUGUACCUAAAUAAAUUGCUUAAGAAAACGA